GGAGGGCAACGCCUGCCUGGGACUGUGAGCAACAGUGACCGCGGUGGGGGCUCUAGCCAGGGAAGAUGAGAGCCUUUUGGCCCGCGUUCCGAACGGCUGGCCGCAAUUCGGAGUGGUUCCCGAGGCCCGGCUUUCUGCCAGUUCUAGUCUCAGACCUCAGAACCUCCGUGCUGCCCUGCCGAGGACCUUCUCUUCGUUCCUCCAGCUGCAGGGCUGUCUUUCUCAGCGCCUGAUCGCAGGCGGAGCCAAGCUCGGAGUCCCCUGGUUAACGAAAGUGGCGGGUCCGGGAUGAGCGAGGACCCGACGUUGGGAGAAGGAUGGCCACAGCGGCCGGGUCUCUCCCGACCGCUGAGUCCGGCAGGCGGAAGCACGGACACCCCACAGUAGGGGUCGUGAGCUGCGAAGGGAGGUGCGAAGAGGGCUGGAGGCUGCGGCCACGGCCAUUGCUCUGGGCGUUCGUGCUGGCCGCGGCGCGCUGGCUGGUGCGGCCCAAGGAGAAGAGCGUGGCGGGCCAGGUGUGCCUCAUCACGGGCGCCGGCAGCGGCCUGGGCCGCCUCUUCGCGCUCGAGUUCGCCCGGCGUCGGGCGCUGCUAGUGCUCUGGGACAUCAACACGCAGAGCAACGAGGAGACGGCGGGCAUGGUGCGCCACAUCUACCGCGACCUGGAGGCGGCGGACGCCGCCGCUCUGCAAGCUGGGAAUGGUGAGGAAGAAAUUCUGCCCCACUGUAACUUGCAGGUUUUUACCUACACCUGUGAUGUGGGGAAGCGGGAGAAUGUCUACCUGACAGCUGAAAGGGUCCGCAAAGAGGUUGGCGAGGUCUCCGUCCUUGUCAAUAAUGCCGGCGUGGUGUCCGGACAUCACCUUCUGGAAUGUCCUGAUGAGCUCAUUGAGAGAACCAUGAUGGUCAAUUGCCAUGCACACUUCUGGACCACUAAGGCUUUUCUUCCUACAAUGCUGGAGAUCAAUCAUGGUCAUAUUGUAACAGUUGCAAGUUCCUUGGGAUUGUUCAGUACUGCUGGAGUUGAGGAUUAUUGUGCCAGUAAAUUUGGAGUGGUGGGUUUUCACGAAUCCCUGAGCCACGAGCUAAAGGCUGCUGAAAAGGAUGGAAUUAAAACAACCUUGGUUUGCCCUUACCUUGUAGACACCGGCAUGUUCAGAGGCUGCCGAAUCAGAAAAGAAAUUGAGCCUUUCCUGCCACCCCUGAAGCCCGAUUACUGUGUGAAGCAGGCCAUGAAGGCCAUCCUCACCGACCAGCCCAUGAUCUGCACCCCCCGGCUCAUGUACAUCGUGACCUUCAUGAAGAGCAUCCUCCCUUUUGAAGCAGUCGUGUGCAUGUAUCGGUUCCUAGGAGCGGACAAGUGUAUGUACCCCUUUAUCGCUCAAAGAAAACAAGCCACAAAUAAUAAUGAAGCAAAAAAUGGAAUCUAAGAAUCUUUUUGUAUGGAAUAUCAUUUGUAUCAGAAGACGAUCAAAAUGUUUCAAUCCAGUGCCCAUCAGCAUAACUGACAUUCUCUGGAUACUAAAUCCACAUUGACUUUUUUUUUAAUCAACUUAAAAAGAAAAAAUAAAGUGUAAAUUAACUGGCUAUAGUAUUUGGAAAAUGUGUUCAGCCAAUGUGAGCUUAGGUUGUUGCCCUUGGGGUCCUUUUAGAACCCUAAAACCAUCAGAUCUUUAGACAUGCACUGUGUGAUAUCUUCAGACUACCAUUAUUACUAUUUUUUUAAUGAACAGAAAGUCUAGAGAUAAUAACUACAGUGUUUCAUGUGUGUGAUUUUUCUUAGUUCCUAUAGAGUUUAUUAAUUUUUGUAAUUAAACUCUAGCCAAUUGACAGUCUUGCUAUAUUUUCUCAUGUUUUCUAAGUUACAGUUUUGCAAAGCCUGUGUGGCUUUUUCAUGAUAUUUUUAUGUUCAGCUCUUUUAAAAAGUGAUUUUGAAAUCUCCAUCAAUUCAAAGUUAUUAGUGUUUGGGUAAAGGUGAUCAGAUCUCUUUCUUAAAGUCAUAAUGGCUAAAGUAUUAGCUGAAUUUUUAGUUUUAUCUUUGAAAUAUUUCUCUAAGUAUCUACCACUCUGGAGACCUAGUUAUCCCAGAACACCAUACAUUUUCUACCUAUGAAUUUUGCUGCAUACAGAAAGUGCCCUUUCCUCAGGAAGUUGCUGUUUCAUUUCUUUGUAUGGACUCUUUAUCUAGAAUACAUUACAGCUCUGCAAAGAAACAGUUUCUAAAAAUGGGAACUUCUACUUAGAAAAGUCCCCAUUUUUGUGCCAACUUUGAAUAGUGAGGGGAAAAAAUCUUAUCCUAUGGAGUAUGUAUGGAAGGGUGUAAAGAUUCUUUUGAAAGUUUUAUUCACAUUGUAGAACAGCAAAUGACAUUUUUACAGUAUUUUUUUGUAAAGCAAACUAUUUUGUGCCUUGAAUUUGGUAUAUGUGUAUUAGUGAAACAUUGUAAAAGUGAACUUCUACCUCUGUAUCUAAAUGUAUACCAUCCACUUGUAAAUUACUAUGAUCUAUUACGUGAUUGCUUUUUUUGUUGUUUGUUUUUUUAGAAUGUCUUGUUUAGUGACCAAUGUUUAAGGCUAUUAAAAUAAGCCAACUUUUACUAAUUAAUUUGGAAAUUUUAUAAAGACUGAUUAAAUUUAAAGAAUUAACUUGCAUACAACUGACUAUGUGACCAUUAGUUGUCAGCACUGUUAUAAAAAAAAAAUCUUUGUGUAGUUUUUUUCCCAUGACAUAUCCUGCCUUACUUAGGGAAAAAUGUUUGAAUGGGAUAGUGUUUGGGAACAGGGAUGUUAAAAGCUUAGGGUGCCUAUACACUCAAAGUUCCAGUGUUAACAUCUAUUUAGACACUGUUGUGGGCUCAUUUACGUCGAAAGUGGAGAACUAGAAAGGAUCCACUACCUGUGGGUUGGUUUGGCUAUACAUGCAUCCGCAGGUAGCAAAGAUCCUGGCUUGCUGCUAGUGUCCCCCAAAGCUGGUCUUAAGGAAUAGCUCUUCAGUUGCACAUCUGUGUUUCUCUUUUAUAAACAACCAAACCUGAAGCCAUUAACCAUUGAGGCCCUGGCUGCCCGUUAAUUUUCAAUUAUGGAUUUAAAUACAGACUUUGAAAUAGUCUCAUAACCACAUGGGGUGGAAACAGAUAUUCUCAGAGGUUAUCCAGGACCAUCCACCAGUUAGCCGGGAGCACACUCAAGCCGCCCUAGACAAAGCUGUUCUAAUGUAAUGUCCCAUCUAGCAACCUUAAAACUAAGGAAAGUCAGCUUUACAUUUAAUUUUAUUCUCGUGUUUUGUAAUUUAAGCCUAUUUCUAUUUUUGUUUGUUAUUACCUUUAUGAGGUUGUUCAUCUCUUAAGUUCAAUAAACCUAAUUCAUUUAA